CACAAAUUAAAUAAAUAUAUAUAUUUUUUAUUUUUUUGUUAUAUAUACAUAAAAGAAAAAAGUUCUUUUUAAUAUUUCUUUUUUUUGCUUUUUUUUUAAUAUUUUUUUCUUAAAAAUAAAUUUUCUUUUUCCUACUCUUUGUGUAAAAUAAAAAUGUCUGAAAAAGAAGCAACAGGAAGACCUUCUCGUGCAAGACAAACUGAAAAUACUGCACCAACUGCAACUGGAAGUGGUGAGGAAGCAGCUUCUGGUGGAAAAUCUAAAGUCUGGUUGACUUUUCCAGUUGGUCGUAUGGCAAGAUUAUUGAAAAAAGGAAGAUACGCAGAUAGAAUAGGAGCAGGUGCUCCAGUAUAUUUAGCAGCAGUAAUAGAAUAUUUAACAGCAGAAGUUUUAGAAUUAGCGGGAAAUGCUGCGCGGGAUAAUAAGAAACAACGUAUUAUACCAAGACAUUUACAAUUAGCUAUACGGAAUGAUGAAGAAUUAAAUAUUCUACUAAGACACGUACAUAUAGCUGAAGGUGGUGUUUUACCUAAUAUUCAUGCUGAAUUAUUACCUAAGAAGAAAGGUAGUGAUAGAGUUAAGCCCACACCUACCGUUACUAGUGCUACUGGUGCGAGUGGUGGUGCUUCUCAAUCAAAAAAAUCUACUAAAGGUGCUAAAACUACUGCUGCUCCUUCUUCUUCUGGUGGUAAAGCGUAAGAUGUUAUUGUUAUAUUAAUUUUGAGAAAAAUUUUAUAUUGAGUGGGAGAAUUAAAUUGGUUUUGUUCGAUAAUAAUUCUUUUAGUUUAUUAUUUCCAUAUAUAUCAUGUUUAUUCUUUACAAAUCCUGGUUUCUGUAUUACAAAGAAAUACAUUAAAACUAAAGAAUUACUGAAAAUAUUAAAUAAAAUUUUACUUUUUUGAUUGCAUCACGUGAAAGUAUACAAUUAGAUAUGGCUUAGAUUCA